UCACGGUGUUUCGUUGAUAUGAUUAUUCUAUAGACACGUUGUAAAUUAUUGACGAACUACUUUGUUUUAAUUAAAAAAACAACGGAGCAACAAAUUUUGUCACGCAUACACAUGCGUUCAAGCUUUGUGGUUUUCGUUCAUUUUGACAUUUACGGUUUUUUACGUCUUGUUUUCUUAUAUCUUAUCCUCUUUGUUUUGUUCCCUUCGGAUCUUGCUUCAGACAUUAAUCUUAAAUCCGUUGAGAUUUUAAUUUUCGAUAAUUUGUUUAUGUCCGAGGGAAGAAUGAAAGAUUGAUAUCAUAUCUGUAAUAUCAAAAGGGUAUUAACGAAAUAGGCUUAUUAUGAAUACGGAUUCAAAAUUCCAUUUGGCGAAGUUCCGGUGUAUCCGGUAUAUUAUUAAAAAAAGUGGAAAAAAAAAUGGAGAACAACGAGGAAGAUGUUCGUCAUUUUAAAGAGAUAUACAAAAGAAAACCUUGCUUUACAAAAUCGAUCGCUCAUUAUCAUGCUUAUCCAAAUUAUGCUUCCGGCGAUCCUUACUUACGAUGCGAACAUUCAAUGAAACACAACGUCAACCAGAUGGAUUCUUAUGGGCGUAAAAAGAAAUCUAAAACGCAUCGUUGUCCUCCCUGUCAUUGUCAGCUUAAUUUUAAAAGAACAUCAUCCAAAAAGAGGGACAUUGAUAACAUCGAGGCAAUUUUUAAGAAAACUGAGCAUAUAUUUGACAAUGCAUUGACAAACGGUGGUGUAAAGAAAUCGUAUAGCAUUCCUCUCUCACCAAAAUUAGAUCCACGUUGUCAUCGUACUCAUUAUUCCAAAAAAAUAUCGAAUAAUUAUCAUCGACAAAAGGAGCAUAGAAACGAAGAAGAGGAUGAAAAGUUCACGACGAUAAUUGAUGAUAUCAUUAAUAAAGGUGUCGAGAAUGAAUGUUAUAACAAGUAUCCGAAUCUUCCGCCAAUUAAUAUGUCGACGAAGGAUUGUCAUUGGAAGAACGAUCAGUUAUUACAAGACAUACAAGAUUAUUCUGAACCGGACAGUGAUUUUUUUGAUAAAUGUGAAAGAUAUCAUCGAUCAAAGAGAUGUGACAGUUCUAUGGGAGAAUUUGAAUCGAAUUUGAAGAAAAAAGAAAGCGACCUAGAAUAUAGGCAGUAUUUGAAACAACAGUAUCAUGAGCUUGAUCAGUUGAAGUACACUUCUCGUUUAUGUGGGAAAUUGAAGAAUAUCGAUGAUCAGCAAUGCAAAGAAGAUGAUUUGUCGAACAUCGAACAAACAGAGAGAAAGAAAAAAUCGAAUUUUCCCAAGGAUGAGACGAGAAGGAAGAAGAAGGAACAUCAUUUCAAUAACGAAUUGCAAUGUAUUGAUGCAAAAUCUUCUAAGGGGCCCCUAGUUUCGAUGAGUAAUAAUAAGAAUGUGCCAGAGCAGAGAAACGAUAAAACUGUUCAACAAAUAGAAGUUAGCACCAGCUAUCAUUGCAUAGAUGGAGAAACGGAUGGUGACGUCGAUGAUUUUUUGGAGGAUGAAAAAUUAUGUAGAGAAUUGAAGAAUAUUUCUUACUUGAAACCCUGUCGUAUAUCAACCAUUGUCAAAAAUAAGAAAGUUACGAAAUCAUUCGAGGGAACGACUUGUGACGAAAAAGAAAUUAACGAGAAAAUCGAGAAUUCUGACGUUGUUGAGAAAAGUGAUCAGCUUGAGGAGGAUCUCGAUCUUCACGCCAGUAAGAGUCAUAUUCUGAAUUUGAUCGACAAAGCUUUGAGCAAAGAAUUUGGUCCUUUGGACGUGAAGAAGAGAGAUCCGGUUAAGGAAGAAAUAACACGGCAAGAGCUGUGCAUUGAGAUAAGUCGUGCACUUCAAAGCGAUAAUUACGAUUCAUUGGCACAGAUGUUGUUGAGCAAUCGUGGUACGUCGGAUCACGUAAGGCACUUGAAAAUCUUACGUUGGGAAUAUCUAAAUCAUAUUCAAGAUAAGCUGAGAAAGUUAUAUGAUCUCGAGAAGAUUCUCGAUUGUUCAUCUCCGAGGAACUCGUUGUUGACCUUGCAAUCGCAUACGAAUACCACUGAUCAAUAUAAGCAUGCUCGAACAUAAAUCUCACGCAAGAGAAGAGAGAAUUCAAAACAAAUUAAUCCUAUCCAAAAGGGAGAGCGAUAAAGAAAUAAAAAAUAAUAAUAAUAAUAAAAUAAAAAGAAAAAUAAAUAAAAAUAGAAAAUCAUCCUCGAAUUUAUCUUAUUCGUUAAACAAAAAUAAAAUAGUCGAAAUUGUUUUCUUCGUCUACGUAAUUCGCUUUUAUACAUUAUGUUUAAUAGGUAGCAAUAGCUUUAUUGUUUAAACAUCUUAAAUACAUCAGAGUACAUAAUUACUAUACUUUGUUAUUUCCUUUUUUUUGUUGGUUUCGUUUUCAUCUACUAAGUUCUUCGUUAUCCGAUUUUUUAAUUAUGUUAUGAAUAAUAUUAAAUCGCAUCUUUUUCGAUAUAAUAAUAUAUAUAUAUAUAGAUUUUGCAAUGAAUGAUGAUGCACGUGAGUUUUGUGAUGAGGAGGCUCUCUGUCAUCGCAGCUACGCAUGUAUAUUUAAUAUACAUACAUAUAUUUUAUUGUAUGUGCCUGUAUGUAUAUGUAUAAUUAUAUAUUUGUUUAUUCUUAUUUUUUUCCUUUUCUUCUUUAUUUAUUUACGACAAUAGUAGAACAAUUAAUUUUACGUAGGCCGCGAAUAAUACAAAAUCUACCCUUAGUGUAGAUUAAUAAAUAGAUCUUCGUCGAACUCUCUACGUACGUUUUCUAUUUCGCGUUAAUCGUUCGUUCUUUCUUUUUUCUUCUUCUAUUACUUUUUAUACAACGAUCGUAUAAUGUGAGAAAGUUGAAACAAGAUUGAGAAACAGUUUCAACGAUCGAUUCCUAGGCAAUCGGUAAGCAUAUGGGAUCUCAAGAACGGGGAUGAAUUUAGGAAAAAAUUUUUAAUAGGUAUUUAUGCAUGUGUGUAUGUGUGUUUAUAUGUAUAUAUACAUACGUAUAUUGACUUCGAUUGAACGCUAAUUGUAAUAAGGACACAAACGAAUUGAUCAAUGUUUCUCGUCUAAAAACGAUUUAAUAUAUAAAACCACUAGUAGGUUGAUCAUGUCGUACGAUCUUCUCACAUUCUGUUUCUCUCUUGAUUAAUUCUACCUGUUGACAUAGAAGAUCUUUUAAAGAAGAAAAAUUAAAGGAGAGGCCGACAAGGGGCUCACGGGAUUACCUAAAUACCCGUGAAUAUCUUUUAAAAUGGUUUUACAAAACAUUUACAUAUAUAUAUAUAUAUAAAUAUAUAUAUAUAUAUUUACAUGUAUAUAUAUAUAUAUAUAAGAUUAAUCAAUGUUGUUCUUUUUAAAAAAUC